GGAGUAGUGGCAGCUCAAGAUCAGCAACAGCAACAGCCACAGCCGCCCAGGGUGGUGGAGGGUCUGAACCCCGCUGUUCAACAACAACUGAAUCUCGAAUCCGUUAAAACUCGAGCCGUUAGUUUGUUCAAGGCUAUUUCUCGCAUCCUCGAAGACUUCGACGCUAUCGCUCGCACCAAUGCUGUCCCCAAAUGGUUCUCUUUCUCUUUAGUUCAUUUCUUCUAUUUUAACUGUGUAGCAGCAAAUACAAAUACAUUGGAGUAGUUAAGUUGACUAAUACUAAUAUCUACGAGCUGUAUUAGCCCCCAAAAUGAAGGAAGUUUACUAGUUUGUCAUUUAGGGAUAGUUUAUUGACAACACCAAAAUGCAUUUUGUGGGUUCUCCAGCCAAAUGAGUUUCCGGUACUGUGUCUUCACAGGCUGGGAUACCCCUGCUGAACUUUUAAGGCAAGAUAUUUUGGGGCAAUUUUCUAUGGUGAAUCUUGAGCUUUAUAACAUUGUUGAAGAUAUUAAGAAGGUCUCCAAGGCUUUUGUUGUUCACCCCAAGAAUGUAAAUGCUGAGAAUGCUGCAAUUCUACCUGUUAUGCUGUCAUCAAAGCUGCUGCCAGAGAUGGAAGUCGAAGAUAAUGCCAAAAGGGAGCAAUUAUUACACAGCAUGCAACACCUAUCGGUAGCAUCCCAAAUUGAGAAGUUGAAGGUUAGAAUUGAUAUGAUUGGAGCAGCAUGUGAAAGUGCUGAGAAAGUCAUAGCUGAUACGCGCAAAGCCUACUUUGGAACCAGACAGGGGCCAACACUGCUUCCAACUAUUGACAAGGCACAAGCAGCAAAAAUUCAGGAACAAGAAAAUUUACUUCGCACUGCAGUAAAUCAUGGUGAAGGAUUACGUGUACCUGGAGACCAAAGGCAUAUUACUUCUGCACUUCCUGGUCAUUUGGUAGAUGUGCUUACAGUGUCUGAUGGCCCCCAGUCUUUCGCUGAUUCAUCCGUAGGGACUUAUCUGAAGAAUACUCCUCCCUUUCCAUCGAGCAAUGUUAAUAGUCAGGGAGCUUUGUUACAGGCUUCUGGAGCACUUCGGGCUGCAGUUUCUCCUUCUGGGCCCACUUCCUUUGAUACUACAACAGCAUCACCUCUGCAACAUGUCAACUCACCUAGGUCUAGUGCUAACAUGAUGAAUACACCAUCUCCUCAGCAACAGACCCAUCAGCAACAGCAGCAGCAACAGCAGCAGCAGCAGUUGCAGCAGCAUCAGCUCCAACAGAGGCAGAAAAUGCUGCAGUUACCUCAGCAUCAGCAGCAAAUUCUUGCCCAACAGCAACUUAGGCAAGCCUCAAUGCCUGGACUGGGGCAGCUGCAUGGUCAGCCACAGAUGCAGUUCUCUCAGCCACUGGGAGCACAGCAGUUUCAAGGUAGGCAGCUACCAUCUGGUGCCCUUCAUCACGGUAUGGGUCAAAGUCAGCUCAACCAAGGAAAUCAGCUGAAUCGACAUUUAAACCAGUUUUCUAGUCCUAUGAAUACUGCACUAUUCAAUUCUGCCCAAAGCACACCUAGCUCUCAGAUGAUCUCAAAUAUGUCAGCAAUGGUGCCAUCACAAACUCUUCUGCCACGAAUGCAGUUUGGAAUGUCUGGUGGAACUCGGAAUCUUGCUGCUGCAAACCUGAGUGAUCAAAUGUUCAAUAUGGGAGGAAACAAUCCUGGUAUGAUGUCAAUCCAACAGCAGCAGCAUGGCACAUUUGGAAACAUGUCACAAAAUACACAGAAUCUGCAGCAGGGUAUGAUGCCUCUUCAGAACGCACCUCAGACCCACCCUUCCUUUCAGCAACAAAGACCACAAGGCCAACAGUGAAGUAUCUAAGAUUAGAUGGAAGAGGAGGAUAUUUAUACCAAACCUCAACAUUUCCUAACUUUGUUUGAUCUUUAAAAAAAAAAUGUGAAGGCCAGAUUCUUGCAGGAAAUUUUUGUUGGAACAUUACAUUUGUUAAAA